CUACGCGCAAAUCAUCGACGGCGUGCCGAGGUGCCCUUUUAUGACUCCGGAAUCCAUCAGGAAUGCUCUACGCUUCGUGGCGAAGAAAGGCGACAUAUUGCAAGUGUCAUAUCCAAGAAGUGGUGCUCACUGGGUCCAGUACAUCAUACAGCUGAUCCUAAAUGAAGGGAAGCCGUUCGCCGAAUACAUGGAGUUUCGACAACGCGUUCCUAUUGUUGAAUACCCCGCAGAGAUCCCGCCAUGCGCGACCACAGCUCCUCUACGAACGCUGUGCACACACCUGCCAUUGCGCUUGGAAAAACUGAACCCAGAGGCGAAGUAUGUCUACGUUGCUCGCAACCCUUGGGACGUCUGCGUGUCACUAUACCACCAUGUGCGUUCCCUGAGCUUCUAUCGCUUUCAAGACGGCACAUUCGAUGAUUUCCUGGAGGCUUUCUGCACAGGAUGUCUUCCUUACGGCUGUUACUUCGAGCACCUGGUGGCCGGUUACUCGCUCAAGGACGAGCCGAACGUUCUUUUUCUCACGUACGAAGAACUGCAAAGAGACAUACGGAAAGGGGUGCUUUGUCUCGCCAGCUUCAUCGGCCAGCAUUACUGGAAAGCUCUGGAGGAAAAUGGACUGGAAGGGCACAAGCUGUUGGAUGCGAUCAUACAAAGCAGCAGCGCCGACAGCAUGAGAAAGGUCUUGGUCUUCGACCUCACAGAGAAUCCCUACCCAGACGUGGACGAGCUUUUGAAGAAACUGAACCCAUCGACGAAGGCGGCCCACGAAGGAGACACCAAGCUUCAUGACCUCGUCAGGAACGGCAAGGUUGGAGAGUGGAAGCAAAACUUCUCUCCCGAGCAACUGCGACGUUUGGAGGCCACCAUCAGAGAAAAGACGGCUGGUUCUGCUGUCAUGAACCUUUGGAAAGACGUACGGGCAGAAGCAUUACACAUGUGCUGACAAAACGAGGCGCUGGCAACGUUCAUGCAGCUGUAGAACGCCUGAACCUGUCGAUGCCGCGUCACUUACGCUCAUCAUAAGGUUGUGUUUUUUGUCGCGUUCUUCUCAUAAAAGGUAUAACUUUGACAUCAGAGAAACGCUUACCGUGAAACUUAAAGCUCGAAGCGUUUGUGUUGUUCGAUUCUCUUGC